AUGAAAAUUCUGGCACUUGCCCUGAUGGAGAUGAGUAACUGUCCAUAUGCUCACCGCAACGCAGGUGACACCGAGCGACGUUACCACCCCCGCUACUUUAAGACCGGAAAUUGUAUCUACGAAACCACCGAGAUCGGUGCCUGUGUUAAAAACGGACUCCAUUGUGCCUUCGCUCAUGGACCCGAUGAUCUGCGACUGCCUGUCUACGAUAUCCGCGAAGUUCAAGACGCCACGUCCUCUAAGGUGACGGUGAAUCUGCCCGCUAGUUUGGAGAAGGAACGCGUUCUCAGUGAGGAUCCCACUUGGAAUGACAUGCUCCACGUGAUGGCGCGCUACAAGACGGAGUCGUGUCGCAAACCCCCACGGAUGUGUCGUCAGGGCUACUCGUGCCCCUACUACCACAACGGCAAGGACAAGCGCCGGAUGCCCGACCGCUGCUACUACCGCAGCACCCCGUGUCCGGUGGUGCGCCCCGCCGACGAGUGGCUAGACAGCUCCCUCUGCGAAGCCGGCGACUCCUGCACCUACUGCCACACCCGAACUGAACAGCAGUUCCACCCUGAGAUUUACAAGUCCACGAAGUGCAACGACGUGCUUAGCUCAGGCUAUUGCCCGCGCGGACCGUUUUGUGCGUUUGCGCACUCCGACAGCGAGAUGACCCUGGGUCGCAAUUUCAUCCAAAGCGCCGCCACCCAGCAGCAGGCUGGUUUGCCGCCGUCGUCGUCGUCGCGGCAGCAAAACGCCUCGCCCGUCUCGUCGUCCACCUCGGCGUCGUCGUCGGGUAUCUUCUCCCCGGCGAUUCGACCGCUCCAGUGCCCCUCUAGGGUGUCGCCUGCGUCAGCGGCGGCGGUUCCACCAGUCGGAGGCCUCUACGCCACGCAAACCUACCCCUCCAGUAAGCCCUCCCUCCCCUUCCCCCCUUCCCAACUCACCAUCUGCCUUUUCGAUCACUUUCAUCCACACCAAAAUGCCUCCACCUCACGCUUUGCGUCAUUACGCAGCCUCAAGCUAAGGAUGCGUCAUCGCAGUGGCGGGACCGAGGGUCUGGGUGUUACCGCAAGUCCAUUCGACCAGUCCGAGAGCACCCCGCCGCCGCUGUCGCUGUCUCAGCCGUCAGUGAUCUCCGCCUUCCCCAUUUUCUCACCCGCCGGAUUCGGACGCAGUGGCUUCGUCGGGCAGCAGACGUCCAUGUUGUCCUCCUCCUCCACCACCACCACUGCCACCACCAAGUCCCCUCCGUUCGCCUCCACAACCGAUCCAAUUCAGCCGCGGACUACCGCAGCCCAACAAUCACGCAAGAAGCUUCCCGCAGACACCUCCAAGUUCUCGCGCAUGCGCUUGGAAAGCGCUGGCGCGUUGUUGGAAAAUUAUGCUCGCGGUCUUGCCGUCACCACACCAACCACAACACAACAGCAGCAGCAGUUGCUGCAGUCCCAACUUCUGCAAUCACAGCAACGCAGUACCGGUCGAUGCCUCACCAAAGUUCAACCACGUCAGCCGGCCCAGUCACCGACGGUAGCGUCGACACCAACGACGUCUGCGCCGAAGACGCCAACUUCCGCGUUCCAGUCGGCACCGUGGUGGUUUGCUGAUCCACCACAACAAUCCAGAUCUGUAGAAGCAGAACAACACAACCUCGAUAAUGAGUAUCUCAACUCCCUCAUCACAGAUGAACUGCGCACUCAACUAACCAUCAACACGAGCACCGAGGACUUGCACCACCACCAGUUCUUCAAGCUCAACGGUCUCCAAAGUUUGACCCAGUCGCCACUGAGUUGCCUUCUGCGGCAGAUGCAGCUGUCGACCCAGGUGGCGCCGACCAACGUCACCACAAAGCGAGGCUCUGGCCUCUUCGACGACAACCCCAUGGGGGGCGUCAUCUCAUCCCCCCUGAGCAGCCCCCCCGGCGUGACCCUUCCAUCUGGCACCACGACCAGCGCUGCGCCCCUCACGACCUCCUCCGUGAUCGAUCAGCCUCUGGUCGGUUGCCAGUCCGCGCCUGUCUGCAUUCCCACGAACGGCAAUCGUGUCUGCGGCGGUGGCAUCUUCGACCUGCCUUGCAGGUUACUUGUUUUGCUCUAUUUUCUCAAGCCAAAGAGCAUCACUCGCAGAGCCGUUAUCGUGUUACGUGACGUUUGUUGUACCAUCACCACCACUGCCACCACUUGCAGCCUCGUAACCAUGUCUGUUGCUUUCAGCUGUGGUUGCUGCCGAAACCGUGGAGGUCAGGACUCAGCCUUCAACAGUGGCGGCACGCCGACGGUUGUGUGCGAGUUUGGGGCUGUUGGCAGCACCUCACUGCAGUCGGGAACCUCGGAGGGUCAGGACAGCGCGUUGGCGCUCUCCGAGGCCAAGGACGACGAGCCACUCUCUGGAGCCUUCGGUAGCGGUAGCGGCGGCGGUGGAAGUAGUAGCACUGGACUAGGUUCUAUGGUACGUGGUUGUAAAAUCUUCACAGAAACCUUUCCGACCCACUAUCUUAGUGUUUUUUUUUACGGCUGA